AUAGAAUAUUUUAUAGAAGUAGAUUCAUAUGGGUACUUAUACAUUCAGAUAUAAGUGUACUAGUUUAGGUUGCAAAAAAAAUUGUUUUUUCGUUUCGCCGGGAAAGUACUUUCCAAGGAAAAACAGGCCCCUUGGGCACCUAAUCGUUAUGUCAUAAUAGAUCCGAACACUUGCCUCGGAUUGACAUAUCAUAAUUGCUCUAGUGAAUAACUAAAUAGAUGGAUGAGAGAUAGGAAAAAAAGGAUUAAUCAUAAAAAAAAUAGCUAUCUUUCGGAGGUUCACUAAAAACUUGAUGAUUGGCGGGUCUCUUUGUAUGUGUUGUCCGGAAAGAGGAGGACUUAAUGAUUAUUCGUUCGCCGGAACCAGAAGUUAAAAUUGUUGUAGAUAGGGAUCCUAUAAAAACCUCUUUCGAGGAAUGGGCCAGACCCGGCCAUUUCUCAAGAACAAUAGCUAAAGGCCCCGAUACUACCACUUGGAUCUGGAACCUACAUGCUGAUGCUCACGAUUUCGAUAGUCAUACCAGUGAUUUGGAGGAGAUCUCUCGAAAAGUAUUUAGUGCUCAUUUCGGUCAACUCUCCAUUAUCUUUCUUUGGUUGAGUGGGAUGUACUUCCAUGGCGCCCGUUUUUCAAAUUAUGAAGCAUGGCUAAGUGAUCCUACUCACAUUGCACCCAGUGCCCAGGUAGUUUGGCCAAUAGUGGGUCAAGAAAUAUUGAAUGGUGAUGUGGGUGGGGGUUUCCGAGGAAUACAAAUAACCUCCGGUUUUUUUCAAAUUUGGCGAGCAUCUGGAAUAACUAAUGAAUUACAACUUUAUUGUACCGCCAUUGGGGCAUUGGUCUUUGCAUCGUUAAUGCUUUUUGCCGGUUGGUUCCAUUAUCAUAAAGCCGCCCCAAAAUUGGCUUGGUUCCAAGAUGUGGAAUCCAUGUUAAAUCACCACCUAGCGGGGUUAUUAGGACUUGGGUCUCUUUCUUGGGCGGGACACCAAAUCCAUGUAUCUUUACCGAUUAACCAAUUUCUCGACGCUGGAGUUGAUCCUAAAGAAAUACCACUUCCUCAUGAAUUUAUCUUAAAUCGGAACCUUUUGGCUCAACUUUAUCCUAGUUUUGCCGAGGGAGCAACCCCCUUUUUCACCUUGAAUUGGUCAAAAUACGCAGAAUUUCUGACUUUUCGUGGAGGAUUAGACCCAAUAACGGGUGGUCUAUGGCUGACCGAUAUUGUACACCAUCAUUUAGCUAUCGCAAUUCUUUUCCUGAUCGCAGGUCAUAUGUAUAGAACUAACUGGGGCAUUGGUCAUGGCCUUAAAGAUAUUUUAGAGGCUCAUAAAGGUCCAUUUACAGGGCAGGGCCAUAAGGGACUCUAUGAAAUCCUAACAACAUCGUGGCAUGCUCAAUUAUCUCUUAACCUCGCUAUGUUAGGUUCUUUAACCAUUGUUGUAGCUCACCAUAUGUAUUCCAUGCCUCCCUAUCCAUACCUAGCUAUUGACUAUGGUACACAACUUUCGUUGUUCACCCAUCACAUGUGGAUCGGUGGGUUUCUUAUAGUUGAGCCAAUGACUAUUCAUGAUUACACAUAUUAAAUGAAAUAUAGUUAAGGUUAAAUAUAUUUCAUCGUGGUUUGAAAUUCAAUUGAAUUUUAUUUUUUUUAUAUUAGAGGAAUGUUAUGGUAAAACUUCGUUUGAAACGAUGUGGUAGAAAGCAACGUGCGACUUGAAGGACAUGAUCGGCUGUGGAUUUUUACAUCCACCAUUUUCCAUAAAAAUGAAGAUGCUCUUGUCUCGACAUAAUUUGUUCUGUUCCAUUAGGAAUCUAAUUUGUCUUAGAUUGAUAGUACGUGAUGGAGCUCGAGUAGAAAAGAUUGAUUUAUUUAUCAAGGGGAAGAAUCUAGGGUUAGUGCUAAUCAAUCAAUAAGUUCGACCAACUUUGUAAAUAUAUCCUCAAUAUCAAUAUAAAAAAAUUGAAAGGUUUAAACUUGAAACAAGUUAAAAAAAAAGUUUUUUUCUAUAAAAAGAAAGGUGUAUCCUAGGAAAUCAAUUCUUCGUAUUCUAUUUCUAUAGGUAUUCCAUUUAUAUAGAAGAAAAUAACAAAAAACAAAAGGUAUGUUGCUGCCCUUUU